AUGCGCAGUCAUGUAAACAUUGCACAUGUCGCUAACAUUUGGUCAACGCAGAGUACCAACGCCUGGAUGUGGACUUGAAGCUUUCUUUAGAAGAAAGGACCAGGAAAUUCUCCUGUGAGGAGUAGAUGUCUCCCACCUGCUGCAGCUUCGGUCUGAACUGUUGCCACCGUUCUCUCCCAUUCUGCAUCUUUCCCCUGCCCAUGCUGCAGGUGACAUGUCAUGGAUUUGUGAGUACCAACCAACACAUAAUGUGUGUAUUAUUUCGGUACCUUACACUAGCAGGUGAAGCAGCAAUUUGUCUUAAGCUCCCGAGCCACUACCCAGGCCUGAAUCUUCUCAUUUUAUUUUGAAGGACAUUAUGUUUGAGUUGCAGAUUUACUGUGUGCGUGGCAGAGUGUGGUAAAUAAGUAGCAAAAGUUAUUUAUUCAGAAUGUAAUUUGCUAGGUUGGCCCAAAAAUGAGGUUCUAAGAUUUAACAGGGUUGUUUUCCAAAUAUCAAUUUUUUGAUGUGCUGGUGGUUCAAAACUUACUAUUCGUGCUGAUUUUCUUUUUUCAAUACACCUUACCUACAAACAUGAGAAAUGCAAUUUUCCCUCUCCUGACACACACUUUGUUUAAUCAUUAAAUCCUGCAAAGCGAUGCACCUUAAUGCCAUUAGCCAUGUUCCAGUACUAUAAUGUUGUCUGAGCUCAACUGUUUAUUUUGCCAAACUGGUAAUCAACCAUAGAACAGGUACUUGUAGAAAUGUUGUUGUUCUUGUGCAUUUAUUCAGCCAUUGUAUUUGCAACUCUGCAGUCCCUCAGAACUCUAGGGAGCAUAUUAGUGUCUUUCACUAGACACUAAUAUGUGUCUAGUGAAAGACACAUAUCUUUCACUAGACACAUGUUUGAGUUGCAGAUUUACUGUGUGCGUGGCAGAGUGUGGUAAAUAAGUAGCAAACGUUAUUUAUUCAGAAUGUAAUUUGCUAGGUUGGCCCAAAAAUGAGAUUCUAAGAUUUAACAGCAGCAAUUUGUCUUAAGCUCCCAAAUGGCGAAUGGUGAACAGGAGGGGGCUGAGCACACAGCCCUUGGGGGCACUGAGGACAGCUUAGGUUUUUUUGUUUUUUUUCAAGGAUUUUAUUACGAUGGGAUGUUACAAUAGUAUAAUAUUUAACGGUCACUGUAAUAUUGUUGAUAAAAUAGAGUAUCAGAAAAUACCUUCAGCUCAGUGUUUUGCAGCUGAAACAGAAAGUGUUAUUACAGGAAGCAGGGAACCUUACUGUUUCCAACCCCACCAGUUAACGUCUUCAGAAAUUGUCACUGUAAUAGGUUACCCACCAGCAGAUUGCUUGUCUCUAAUACGCAAACUGCAACCCAUACAGUUUAUUCAUUAAGUGUAAACAUUUUAUUUCUGUAAAGACAUCUUCUUUAUCUUGAAAGAACAUCUAGGUACCCCUCGAGCUACAUGUCACACCCAUCUUAUUUCUUGAAUACUGAAAGGUGCAAGAACUGAAAUGUGUUAUGUAGCGGAUGUGGCAUGAAAGACUUCCUCUUUUUACGUCAAUGCAUCACAGAUCCACUGCAUCUGGGAUUUUUUUUUUUUUAAUCUAUUCCAACACUUAACAAGGGUGUGAACCGUACUAACUGCUAUCCAGAGGACAAUGAAUAACACAAUUUGUCAACGGAUCAGCUUUGACUUUACAGGCAAAUUUCUGCCUCCUGUUUACAUCUUAGUCUUCAUCAUUGGUCUGCUAGCUAAUGGAUGGGGAUUGAAGUCUCUGCUGCAGAACUGGAAGAAACUGGGUAACGUCAAUGUUUUUGUUCUCAACCUCGGACUUGCAGAUCUUUUGUAUCUGCUCACACUCCCAUUUGUGGUGGUGUACUACUUCAUGGGUAGUAUAUGGAUCUUUGGAGAUGCAUUCUGCAAGAUAACAAGAUUCUUCUUCAACCUGAAUUUAUAUGGCAGCAUUGGGUUCCUUACUUGUAUCAGUGUGUACAGGUACCUGGCUAUUGUCCAUCCAAUGAGAGUGAUGGGAAGAAUAACUGUCACCCACUCUGUGGGGAUCUCUGUCAUGGUUUGGCUUUUGGUGAGCGUUCAAAGUCUUCCAGACAUGUUCUUCAGCAAAACAUUUGGAAACAACACUACAAAAUGCUACGAUACCACCAGUGACAUGUAUGUUGAGGAUUACCUGAAAUACAGCCUUGGAUGGACCCUCACUGGUUUCUGUAUCCCAUUCCUCAUCAUACUGGGAUGCUAUGGACAUGUGAUUGUUUUUCUCUGCCGCACAGAAACCACUGACAAGGUACUGAAACAGAGAUGCUUGAAGUUUUUGUGCGUUUUGAUUCUUCUCUUCUCUGUUUGUUACGUCCCCUACCAUGUAUUAAAAAACUUAAACCUGUGGUCAAGAGUUCUGUCCAGACAGAAGAAAUGCAGUGAGUGGUCUAAUGGAGUCUACGUUGCUCGUCAGAUUAGUCGUGGCCUUGUGUGUCUGAACAGUGCUCUCAACCCUCUGGUUUACCUUCAUGGAAAUGAAGCUAUUCGUGCUCAGCUCAGACGACGACUCCAGCAAGCUUGUCAGAUGUUCAGCCGCUUGAGUCCGUCAAACCUGAGGUCUGUGCCUGAGGCACAAACUGAAGAUGAAGUUGAACAAGAGUUAUGAGGUUGACAGCCAUACUGGUUGUCACAUCUACGUUAUAUGAAGUCAAUAUUUGUCGUAUACAGUUUGGAAUUAAUAUUUUUUUGUUUUCAUUGUUUUUGUAUCAUUAUUAUUAUGUUAAUUGCUUUAUAUAAAUGUGCUCAAUUGUUUUUUUUAAAGCU